GUGAGAGCACCCUCCUCCUACUCUUCGAAACAGCCCGCCUGCUCUCGUCCACUUUCUCUCUCUCUCUCUCUCUCCCCCUCUCUUAUCUAUACCUCUCACUCUCUCUGCUGUCUUGUCUUUUAUCUCUCUUUCUCUCUCUUUCAGUCUCUUUCCCUCUUUCCUGUCCUCCACUUUUCUCCGGCAGCCAGAAGCUUGCAAGCAUCGUCGCUGUUCCCUCGACCACUGAGGAUCCAGAAGCACUCGGGACGAAGACUGUCACUGGAGCCACGAUGACAAUGAGCAGCAUCCUCAACGCUGAUGACAUCAAGAAAGCUCUGGGGGCAUUCGCAGCUCCUGAAACUUUUGACCAUAAGAAGUUUUUCGAGAUGGUCGGUCUGAAGGCCAAGUCUUCUGACGAUGUUAAGAAGGUCUUCUUGGUGCUGGACGCUGACAACAGUGGCUUCAUAGAGGAGGAGGAACUCAAAUACGUCUUGAAGGGUUUCGCCAAAGAUGGCCGGGACCUGACAGACAAAGAAACCAAAGAAUUUUUAAGAGCAGCCGACAAGGAUGGAGACGGCAAGAUUGGAGUCGAUGAAUUUGCCACCCUGGUGAAAGAAUGAGAAGCUACCUGGUGUGACUGACUAGCACACCAAGAUCACCUCCUAACCGCCGCUACAUCCUGACACCUGCUAGUUCCCCCCCCCCCCCCAGCACCCACACCUCACCACCCCAACUGCCACUGAUUCCUGCCACAUGCACUCUUCUCUCCUCACCUUCUCCCACACUGCUGUUUUCACUGAGUGCGGUGCAAUACAAUCCCCCCCUCCCCCCCCCCCCGAAGCUAUAUUCAUACUAUUUAUUUUUCCCUUUUUAUACAAGCUGUGAUUUUUCCUUUCAUGUAUAGAUAAACAUGCCUGCAGGAAUAAACCUCACAUUUUAAGACAUGAAGUAGAUAUUUUAAGGGAAC